AUGCCAUACUCAUACUACUUUUAUGCCCCAUACGGCACCGGUUUCCACAAACACUAUACUGAGGUAGUAGGAGGCACAGGAUGGAGAGGGGAGUUUUCUCUCACCCACGAUAACUCUCUGGGCUACCGCAAUUGGCUGAAAACUCUCAAGGAUCGACCUGGUAUUGUCAGGUAUUCCCUGAGACCAAUGUACACAGUAGUGUCAGAUUGGGCACGAAGACUGGCACUGAAGGCUGCCACAGAAGUGUACCUGAAAGAGAACGCCAUCGGCACACAGUCCAGACCUUACUGCAGAAGACAAAAUAAACUUCAUAACAACUGCUGUCCACUGAGGGUGUCGAAAGGAACACUUGUGGUGACCAUUGUCAGAGCCUGGAAUCUGAAAGGAGAUAUAUGGGGCAGGACUGAGGGGUAUGUUAAGAUGUGGUACGGUUCCAUCUACCGCAGGACAUCUGUGAAGAAGUCAAACUACCCUUACUGGAACGCUCGUUAUUAUUUGGGCAAGGUGGACACAUUCCUGGGUCUGAGGAUUGAAGUCUGGGAUAAAGACUGGGGCAGAGAUGACCGCCUGGGAUCAUGUGUGAAGUACCUGAGUCAGGGAACACACAGAAUAACCUGCCCAGCAAAAAGAGGAGGUGUGGAGAUCAGGUACACUCUGACCUGUGACAAACCCCAGAAGAAAAGUACAUUCUGGACAGGAUGAUCUGUCAAUAUGCCUAUGACUUGCACUAAACAGAUGUGGUAACUUUUCUGAAACACAAAGAGCCAGACAAUCACAUCCUAUAAAGGUAAUGAAAAUGUAUAACACUAUUUCUCUUUAAAGUUCUUAGAAUAACAUUUUUGGGGAGAUAUAAUUUAGAGGUAUAACAAUACAAUGUAGGGUUUUACUCAAAUGGAUUCAGCAUUGUAUCAUUUUUCAUCCUUAAAUGAGUUGUGUUUUCAUUUAUAUCCUUGUAAGAAGAACUUUUAAUUGUUUGCAUUGAUCAUUUGUUUGUAAUGUGUAAAAAAAAAAGUCUUAAUAUCUCCAGCUCUGCUCAUUAGGGGUGUCCAUGUAAAGGCCCUAAUGAACUGUCCCUGCUCUCUCAUGUCUUCAUACCUCCUGUGGUUUAAAGUUUCCUGUGUGGCGUUUAAUGCACUCUGUAAAAACCAGCUCCUGCCGUGACCACUGGAUUCCUUCCUCUCAUCUUUGGAAAUGUGAAGUUGGUUCAAACGACCACAGUAACAGCCUGGGGGCGGUGUAAGCCAACUCCCCUGUCUGCUGCCCAUCCAUCCCGCAUCACAGGGCACACUGUCCGGAACACGUGUGUCUCAUUUAGGGAACUGCAGGAGGAAAUGAUGGAGAAGGAAAGUUUGUGACGCCUCUCCGUGGUGUUGGGACUGUCCGCAGGAGGAAAACUGUCGAACAUUUUAUUCUCCUGCUAUACUUCUCACCACACCGCUCCAACAGCCUACUAUACAUCUGAAAAGUCUGUAUGGAUCUUGGAUUAAAAGAGUCCCCAAGUC